AUGAGGGGCGGAGGAGGGGUCGCCGGCGCCGGAGACAAGCUCCAGCAGGCGCCCAACGGCAUGCACGGCCCCGGCAAGGCCAGGCCGUCUUCUUCUUUCCUCUACGGCGUCCUCCUCUACGUCGUCCUGCCCGUGCUGUCCCUGUACAUGGUCCUCGUCGCGGUAUCGCCGCUCUACAACCCGCGGUGCUCCCCGGAGAUGGCGCACUUCGUGGUGGCCGCCAAUCCCAGAAACGGCUCCUCCUCCGCCGCGUCGAACGGCUCAACGACGCUGUCGUCCCAUGGCCAUUCUCCUCCUUCGCGGGGGAUGGUGUCCGCGGACGAGGCGCCCACGGGGCUGCGCCACAUCGUGUUCGGCAUCGGCGCGUCGUCGGCGCUGUGGGAGAGCCGGAAGGAGUACAUCAAGCUGUGGUGGCGGCCCGGACGGAUGCGCGGGUUCGUGUGGAUGGACAAGCCCGUGUCGGAGUUCUACUCCAAGAGCUCCCGCACGGGGCUCCCGGCCAUCAUGGUGAGCUCGGACACGUCCAAGUUCCCCUACACGCACGGCGCCGGCAGCCGCUCUGCGCUCCGCAUCUCCCGCAUCGUCUCCGAGAGCUUCCGUCUCGGGCUCCCCGGGGUGCGGUGGUUCGUGAUGGGCGACGACGACACGGUGUUCCUCCCGGAGAACCUCGUCCACGUGCUGUCGCGCUACGACCACACGCAGCCCUACUACAUCGGGUCCCCCUCCGAGAGCCACAUCCAGAACCUCAUCUUCUCCUACGGCAUGGCGUUCGGCGGCGGCGGGUUCGCCAUCAGCCGGGCCCUGGCGGAGGAGCUGGCCAAGAUGCAGGACGGGUGCCUGCACCGGUACCCUGCUCUGUACGGCAGCGACGACCGGAUCCACGCAUGCAUGUCGGAGCUCGGGGUGCCGCUGACGAGGCACCCGGGGUUCCACCAGUGCGACCUGUGGGGGGACGUGCUGGGCCUGCUGGGGGCCCAUCCGGUGGCUCCGCUGGUGACGCUGCACCAUCUGGACUUCCUGGAGCCCGUGUUCCCCACGACGCCGCCGUCGCGGGCCGGGGCGCUGAAGAGGCUGUUCGACGGGCCGGUGAGGCUGGACUCGGCGGCCGUGGCCCAGCAGUCGGUGUGCUACGACGCGGAGCACCAGUGGACGGUGUCCGUGUCGUGGGGGUUCGCGGUGAUGGUGGUGCGCGGGGUGGUGUCGCCCAGGGAGAUGGAGACGCCCGUGAGGUCCUUCCUCAACUGGUACCGGCGGGCCGACUACACGGCCUACUCGUUCAACACGCGGCCCGUGGCGAGGCAGCCGUGCCAGAAGCCGCACGUGUACUACAUGCGGGAGGCGCGCCUGGAGCGGAGAAGGAACGGCACCACCACGGUCACGGAGUACGAGCGGCACCAUGCCGUGAAGCCGCCACCCUGCCGGUGGCGCAUCGCCGACCCCGCCGCGCUCCUCGACCACAUUGUCGUCCACAAGAAGCCUGACCCCGACCUCUGGAAAAGGUCUCCGAGGAGGAAUUGCUGCAAGGUGGUGUCGUCGCCGACGAAAGGGAAGGACCGGUCGAUGACCGUCAGCGUCGGCGUGUGCAGGGAAGGCGAGUUCGCCAAGGUUUAAGAUCAAUUCUUGAGAAUUAGUGAGAUCGACUAAAUAGGAGAGGACGCGAGGAGAUAGCGGUGGCCGGUGGAACAGGGGCGCGCGGUCCCGGCAUACGGCCGGACAGUGAGAAACGAGACGGCCGGCAAAGAAGUUCCUUGUAUCCACUAGCUCGUUAGGACGGGAGUACGGCCGGGGACUAACAUAGCUCGUUAGUCAGACUGAUUUUCGCAUUAGUACUGCACUUCAACGGUGGUCAUGCGUGCUUCACAAUGAUGAUGAAGAUGAUGUGCGUGCCGAUCUGUGUAGGUUCCGGAGGAUUGCUAUAGCUAGGAGCUCUGAGCUGCAUGCGGUGUACGUAGCUUUGAACACGGACAACGUACGUUUACUAGCAGAAACGUACGGUCUCCAGAUUUUGUCUGGUUUCUCAUAGGUUAUUCAAAGAGACAACGAAAAUGACUAUAGCUUUGUGCAUCCUGAACAACAUAAUGAUUUCCGAAA